AUGGCGGGACUGUCGAGAAGCACCCGGUCAGACUGGGUACAGCUGGGCUUCCGAGCCUCCACGGACCUGGGGACAGACCAGUGGUCAGAGAAAAGCGAGAGCGGAGGGCGGAGUCCUACGUCAGAGCCACCCUGGGACGUCAUGUCAUUACUGAAGACCAGGGGGAGACCGGUGGCGGAGCCCAGGACCUGCCAUAGAAUGGAAGACAAGGCUACAGGCUGGUGGAGUCAACUAGUUGCUGCAAGUGCAGCGGCUCUGUGCGUUGUGGUAGCUGGGUCUUGUUUCGGAUGGGUCACUCCAAUCCUGUUGACGUUCCUGAGUCCCGAAAGUCCUGUUCCCAUGACCUCAGUCGGGGCCUCUUGGAUGAUCUCUCUCUUGGAGUUCGGCAAUCUUCUGACCCCUAUCCCGGCCGGCUUCCUGGCGGACACCUACGGUCGCAAGCCGCUGAUCCUCGCAACAGGCCCGCUCUACAUCAUCGGCUGGAUCAUAAUCAUGAACACCCAAACUCUUACUGUCCUCUGCGUCGCAAGAGUGCUUCAAGGACUCGCUCUAGGCAUCGUGUACACCGUCGUACCCAUGUACCUUGGAGAAAUACCGAGUCCGAAGUUCCGCGGAGCUGUCACUAGUAUCUUCCAGAGUGCUUUCUACUUCGGGUUUCUCCUCGAGUAUUGUAUCGGACCUUUUGUCUCGUAUAGAAUCCUAAACGCAGUCAGUGCUGCUCUUCCUGUGAUCUUCAUCGUGUGUUUCCUUCGACAACCGGAGACUCCGUACUUCCUGGUGAUGCAAGGCAAGAUGAAAGAGGCAGCGAAAAGUUUGGCUUGGCUGAGAGGUAAGCAAAGACCGGAAGAAGUCAUGUCGGAGUUGGAGUCCAUCGAUGAAUGUGUGAAGAGAGAGAUGGCGAACCAGGCUAGUUGGAAGGACGUUGUAGCUACCACAGCUGACAGACACGCUCUAUUGAUAGUCAAUGUGGUUGGAGUGGUGAAGAUAAUGAGUGGCUCAGUGUGCAUCCCUACCUACUCCACUCAACUCUUCGCUCGCACCGGGUUUGACAUGGUGUCCCCAGACGUCAUCACUAUCGUGAUGGGAACCGUCAUCUUCCUCUCCAGCUUCUUCAGCACGGCUCUGACAGACAUCACAGGUAGAAGACCUCUUCUGAUGAUUUCCGCGGUGGGUUGCGCCUUCAGCCAUCUUGCAGUCAGUAUUUACUUCUUCCUCGACGAACGCACCGGAAUCGAUGUUCGCGCUUUCAACUGGAUUUGUCCUCUAGCUCUCGUCCUCUACUGUCUUUUCCUCGCGUUCGGUCUCGACCCUGUAGCAAUGACCUACAGAUCAGAAAUGUUCCCCGCAAACACUAGAGCAGUAGCUGCCAGCAUCAACACUCUUAUCUUCACCAUUAGCGCCUUCAUAUCACUCAAAGGCUACCAAGUGGUCGCCGAUACCGUUGGUUUUGACGUAUUGUAUCUCGGGUUUUCUCUUGUUUGUUUCUGCGGGGCUUUUUGGAUGUACUAUAUCGCCAUCGAGACCAAAGGCAAGACUUUGUCGGACAUCCAGAAUGAGUUGCAGGAGAGCGCUGAAAUGAGGAGGAAGCAGAAGGAAAUCAGGGAAAUGGACGAAGGUGUUUAUAGGUCGGUGUACAUCUAGUCUUGUUCACGCAAACAUCGGCGUAUA